UUCGACUCCGUCCCGUGUCGUUCGGCUCCGUCUUCGUCCGUGUUCUCCGCGUUCUCACCCCCGGCAAUCUUCUCGCGCGUAAUCGCCGAUCAUCCCGUCAACGAUCCCGAUACAGCAGUCUGUCCACCGCACAAAACACACGUCCGUGGCAGUAAACUUCUGGGGCAGCAAUGAACAACAACGGCGCAGCGACGUUCGGCCCGCAAGAGCCUUUCGUCACGCUCAGCCAGGUUCGGGACAUGUCGGACAGGGACAUGCUGUCCAAUCCUGUGACGCGACUGGUGCUGCGACGCGCGUGGCAAAUGGUCCACACCAUUCUGGACCACGAUCCCCAGCAACCUGCUGUCGCGGUGCAGCAACGUUUGACCGCGCAGAUGGCGGCGUCCGCGUUGGUCCCCGAGCCGAGGCGUACGUGUCAUCACGUGCCGUGCCGAUGCGGUUCUGCUCAUGGGGCGCAGCAGGGCAACGCGCACCGACCGGCACCGUAUCCGCCCGCGCCACCCGUCUCCGGGGUCGCCGAGCCGAGGCGUACGUGUCACCAUCACGU